AUGUCCACACCUUUCGAUAUAAGUUCUCCAGACAGCCUCAACCUGCCAUUCCCUGCCUCUACCAGGCAAGUUACGGGGCUGGUGAACGGCAUACAAACAGAUGUUUUUGUAACCAGCUUCAGCGAUAAGAUCAUGGUCGCGAUAUCGCAAGCAGGACGAUUGGCACACUGGUUACAUGUACCAAUGGAGAAUCAGAAUCCUGGCACCGAGGGCAUGCACACGCUCUCUGAGGGCGAUGAUGCUCUCUUGCCCCUUAAAACCCUGACUACAACUACUUUGCUGGGUGGCCAUUCCCCCGGACAAGAUACGACUGGUCAAUUGCUUGCUCGUCAAAUUGCUACGGCCAUCGCAAUGAAGACACCUGAUGAGAAGAGACUACUUCUUGUCGGUCUUGGACUUGGGAAAGAGACCGCUGACCGAGAUUCGUUCUUUGCUAUAGUUGAUCUUGUUUUGCAAUGUCUUUGA